AUGGCAGAACCAAAUGAUGCAGAGAAAAAUCACAAAUUAAUAAUUGAUGUUAUCUCAGAUAACAUUAGUGAGACGGCAUAUAAGGACCAGCAAACAACAAUAUUUCAAAUUAAUGAUGAGGUUGAAGUUGCAAGUCAAGUAGAAGGCUAUAUAGGUUCUUACUACCAGGCAACAAUUGUUCAUCCUGUUGGCGCUUAUCAUUACAAAGUCAAAUACAAAACUCUAGUGAAUAAUAAUGAAACGGCGCCACUAGAGGAAUUAGCAAGUGUGUAUGAGGUCCGUCCUAUUCCACCUGAUAUUCCACAUGAAAUGAAAAUCUACGAGAUCGUUGAUGUGUAUGACAAUGAGGGAUGGUGGUUCGGUGUAAUCACUAGGAAAGUUGAACAAAAGUACUAUGUCUAUUUUCCUACUACAGCGGAUACCGUUGCCUAUUCUAUUGAUAAGUUGAGGGUUCAUCAAGAAUGGUCUGAUGGCAACUGGAUAGUUCCUUUACUAGGUUAA